AUGGGAGAUCCAUUACCAUUAAGACUAGCACUGCCUGAGCUGAGGUAUCCGAUUGGAUCAGAGCCAGAGAAGACGAUAUCGAUAAACCAACACUCGAUAGUUGCUUAUAUCAAAACUGUUAAGGAAAUUCUAGGAAAUGAUGAGUUCAACAGAAUAAGAGGGACGUUUUUGGGACCGGUGAUCAAGCUUGGAGAGAGGUCUUUGAAAUUAUCAGCUAAGAUAGUGCACGCAGUUCUCACCAAAAGCAUCAAGACAGUGAAGAGACACGAAGCAUGGUUCCAUUUUGGUGCUCAGCCAAUGAGGUUCUCUAUAAGAGAAUUCCACAUGGUGACUGGUUUGAAAUGUAGUGGUGAAGCAAGAGAACCACGAGAGGGGACCGAGAAAUUUAAGUGGGACUUCCUAAAAGGGCGUACUCAUACAGUAAAGGACGUGGAGAAGCAGCUCAGAAACACAAGAGAAGAUGCUUCUGAUGAGAGAUUCUGCCUUGCAAUGCUCCUCCUGAUUGAGAGCAUACUACUACAGAAGAGCCUUCUCGACGGUGGCACAACUUUUACUUUGGAUUAUGUGAAAAUAGCGCAGGAUAUGGAUGUCUUGAUGACAUACCCAUGGGGGAGAACAGCUUAUAAUUUGCUGUUAAAAUCACUUCAGAGAGCUGUCGACAAAAGCCUCGACAAAAACAAUUAUGAUUUGCAAGGGUUCCCUAUGGCAUUUCUUAUAUGGAUACUUGAGUCAGUACCUUUGCUACAGUAUGCAUUCAGUCAAGUUGUUCCUAUUCUGAGCUUUCAACCGUCUACCCCAAUAUUUUUGUGUGAGAAGUACCUUCAAAUAGCUUCUCCACAGCUGAUAGAUGUUCUCCUAAUUGAAAUCAAAGAUCAUCUUAAGGUCACAUGCAUCCUACCUCCUAUUUCUAAUGAUCCAGAAGCUGAUGUUUGCAUGGAAGACGAAGCUAAUAAAGAUCUGGAUGACAUGGCCGAUUUAUCCAAGAGAGGUUAUAAGUUUAAAAUUAGAGAUUGGCGAAACAUGUCAGUAGACCUAUACGGUGCUAAUGAAGAAAUAAGAAGAGCAUCUUUACUGUUUGGGAAUGGAGGGAUGAGUCAAGCUUCUACUUCGUAUCAGGAGGAGUCUUUGGAAUCAAAGAUCAACAGAAUCAGCGAGAUGGUGGGAGAUAAUUUAAGGAUCAUGAACGAUCGUUUGUGUUUGAUUGAAAAAGACAGGAAACAGAUUAAAGAACGUGUGACAAAACUAGAGAAACUACAAAGAGUUACUUCAUAUGGAACUCCAAACAAUGAGACUGACACAACUCCAUUUCAUGAGACGGCUUCCAGACAAGGUGAAGCCAAUGCAGAUCAAGCAGAUGAACAACUUAACAAUGAGGAGACUCACGAGCUUAUGAAUGAGAUCAUUUCACCAAACAUUUCCGACACACAGCCAAAUACCCGAGCUCGCAGAAAUCUUUUAACAGAGCAAAAUAAGGAUGUAGAAAACAGAGUUCAAAAUCCCUUUGAGAUCGGAGCAAAUGUGGAGAUUUCAUUCCAAGAUGACAAUACUUGUCAUAAAUGGUAUCCAGGAAAUGUGUUGAAAACAUAUUUGGUUGAUGGGGUUGAGACGGUGAAAGUUGAGUACUCCAUCCCGUCUCUGGACGAAAAGAAGAGGAAAAGGAGUGUUGAGACACGUGUAUCAAUUGACAGAAUACGUCCUCAACCACCACCUGAGAGAACUGGAGCGAAGAAAAGUUAUGAGCUAAUGCAGGACGUGGAGGCGUUCGACGAUGGUGCCUGGUGCGCUGGAAAAAAGGAAGAAGAGCAGACGCAGAGUGUGAAUCCAAGUGAAGGAGAUGGUGAUAAAAAGGGGAAGGGAAGGCUGUCGCUUGUAAGAAAAAUGAAGCAGCUGGUCCAUCAGAAGAUGUUGUUGGGAAAUGGCAAAAGAGAUGGAAGUAAAGCAGGGUAA